AUGGAUCCCGGUGAGAUGCGGCAGCAGCAGAGGCUCCGGGCGCUGAGGCAGGAAGCAGCGGAGUACUACCGAGGCCAUGGAGUAGCGCAACGCAUAGAGGACGCGCUCAACGCCCUCUUCCCGCUGCGCCCCGCGGAUCUCUACGGGGAGCUGGCUAACUACUUUUCUCAAUUUUCAAAAGCUCCAGUAAUAUGCAAAUUAAUUGGAAGAAAAGUUCUUAAUGGCAUUGGUCAGCCAACAUUAGAAGUGGAAGUAUACUGUACAGUUAAAAACUAUGAGAAGAGGAUUUGUUCCACUGUAAUGUCUUCUUAUUGUCAAAUACCUGAAAAUGCUUUACCUGAAACAGCCGAAGCAGAUGAGAAGGAAAGAACUGACUCUGUUAAUACUGCUGUAGAAUGGGUCAAUGAGUCACUUGACACAAUGUUAAGAGACUUGAAGCCUACUGACCAGUGCAAAGUUGAUAAGAUUCUUGGUGAAUACUUUACCAAAAAGGCAGAAGAAAAAAAAGAAAAUGAAAAGCAAGAAGAAGAAGAAGCAGCAGAAGCCACUCUUCCCCUUACUUCAAGCACUCCACCAGCAACGGCACCACCUGGGAAAAAAAAAGCAGCAAAACCAGGAAAGAAGGUGGCAGUUGCAGAGAAAACAAUUCCACCUGCAGAACCUGUUGAGGUGGUGCUUUGUGGCAGCUCAGCCAUUGGGGGAACAUCACUUGCUAUAGCUAAGGCUGGGGCCACUAUUAGCAAUACCCCAUUGUACUUACAUGUUGCACUGCUGAAAUGCAGUCAGGAUCCACCUAAAGAAAUUACUCUGCCCCUCCCAAUGGUUACUGUGUUAAACUGUGAGAAAACAUCACCUGCAAAACUAAAACUAAUGAAAGAAGUUAUGCUUAUACCACCAGUUCACUUAUCACUCAAACAGGGCAUAGAAAGAAUUCUGGAUAUCCAGAAAGAAAUGAUGAGACUGUUGGAGCCUCCAGGCAAAAUGCCCAGUUCUCAACCAGCAGACGGUAAGAAAGGCAGAGCACAUCGUACAGGGAAGGAAGCUUCAACACGAGACUUAAAAAGAACAUCCCACUUGGGUUGCCUGAUAACAGGAUGUGAUAAUCCAGAACAACCACUACUCCUAAUGCAAACAGCUUGCAACAAUAUAGGUCUGGAGCUAGGAACAGACAUGUACUUAGCAAUAAAUUGUGCUGCUCAGGAAUUAAUGGAUUACGUUAAAGGAAAAUAUGAAAUACUCACUGGAACAUUCAAAAGUCCCGAUGAAAUGGUUGACAUGUAUGUGGAACUGCUUAAUGAAUUCCCUUUUGUGAUUGCAUUAAUAGAUCCCUUAAGGAAAGAGGACAGACAACAAUGGAGCAACCUGUGUCGUGCUCUUGGCUCCAAAUGUUACCUGAUUGCUGAAGAUGCUGCCACAUAUAUUUCCAAACUUAAAACUGACCAAAACAUAAAGAUACCGACCUGCAGUGGUGUUGUCCUAAAAUACAUUAACCAAACCACAGUGUCAGACCUCGUGGAACUUACUGGACUUCUAGACGGUCAGAGACAUAUUACCAUAUUAGGAAGUCCAGAUGGAGAAUCUUCUGAUGAUAGCCUUGUGGAUCUGGCUGUUGGACUGGGUGCCAGGUUUAUCAAGUUGGGAGGUCUUUCCCGCGGGGAAAGGGUGACCAAAUACAACCGCCUGCUUGCUAUAGAGGAAGAACUGGCCGAGAACAGAACGCUACGUGAAGCAAAUCUUCAAUUUAUUGCUUUUGCUGAUGACUCACAGGCAGAAAAACAACUUUUGGAUGUGCUUCCUCCCCCAGAGCAGGACUCGCUGCCCGCAGAGAGCUCCCAGCCAGCCCUGCAGGUGCACAGCCUGCCCACGUAGCUCCCAGAGACCAGCUCCCUGACCUAA